AUGCAUUGGACGCCUACCAAAAGUGUUAUAAUCACCCGCCAUAUCUGCAGCAGAUAUGGCGGUUCUUAUUUCCGAGUACGUCGGCUUAUCCUAAAUUUGCUCCGCCACAAAAGACAUAUAAGGGCACAACCAUCUAGCGGCGACCAACAAAACGCAAUGUACAACGGAUGGCUGCACUCAGUCUUCGUGACCGGGACGAUCUGUUUCGCAGCCGACGGCUGCAUAAUCUGGUGCAAGCAUAAUUGCCCGGGGUCGUGGAACGACUCCGACACGUCGCUCGAGUUCCGCAUGAAGCUGACGGACCCGAAAUUAUGCCCGGAUGAGCGCCUGAACGUCGUCUCCGACUCGGCCUUCCCGUGCUCCACGGCCAUGACCGGCCGAAUCCUCACGCCCCUCAAGGACGGCGCCUUGGACAGGAUCUUGCUCUCGUUGCGCAGCUCGGCGCGCACGCUGCACAACGCGAUCACCUCAGUGAGGCAGGCUGUAGAGUGGGGCAUGGGCAGCAUUCAAAAGGUCUACAGUCGUCUAAAGCUACCGCUACCCUACUAUCAGCAGCUACGAGGCGUGAGGCUGAACAACAUGUUCCGCAUGACCAACGUCCGCGUCCGCACCAUCGGAAUCUCUGAGAUUCGCACCACCUUCGCUAACGCCAUGGUGAUGCCGCAGUAG